AUGAUUCAGCCACUAACAACAGCUUCGUUAUCCGCACCCGAAAAUUCACCAUCCACUAUUUCCAACGCUAAUCCACCAAAAAUCAACGUUGAUGACAACAAUAAUGACCCACUUGCACGAAUCUCAAUGCCAACGCCGCAAAGAAUAGCACUAGCAACAGCAAGCGGAGCAUUUUGGGGAUUGAUUUUCGGCGGAUAUGAAGGAAGUAAACGUAGUGGACUCCAAUACCGAGCAGAAAAUGCACAUAAAUUGCCUACUACUAAGGGUGGUUGGUACUUUUACCAUAAGCGCAAAAACUACAAAAUGCUCUUGGGCGGGUUUAAACGAGGUGCACGAUACGCAUUCUUUACUGGCAGUUUGUGUUUGUCAUUUGUUGGAUUGGAAGCCACGCUAGAUCGUCUUAGAGGUGAAGUAGACGUGUUAAAUACAGUUGUGGCUGGAGUUGGGACUGCUUUAUGCUUUUCAACAUUAUGUCGAUUACCAAGACAAAGCACAAAAUAUGCAAUUUUUCUUGGAGCCGGUGUUGGAUUAUGCUCAGGUGGUAUCCAAGAGUAUCGGAAAAUGAAUAUCGUAUCGAACACAUGA